GGCGGUCGCGGCCCCGGGUCCCGCAGCCGGGCUCCCGCCUCACAUGGGGCCCCCGCGCCGGCCGGAGCGGCGGGGCGGACCCGCGCCGGGGUGCUGAGGGGCCGCGGGUGGGGGAUGCGGCCAUGAAAGCCCGCGCCGCCCGCGGGCCCUGCAGGCGCCGCCGCUCAGGAUCCAACAAGAGUAGAGAAGACAGCAAAUUACCUAAGAUGUGAGAAGUUCUCCUGUAGUGAAAUAAAAUCUUGUUUUCAAAAUGGACCGAAGUAAGCGGAACUCAAUAGCAGGAUUUCCACCACGCCUGGAGCGCCCUGAAGACUUUGAUGGUGGCACUGGAGAAGGGACUGCAUCCCAGAUAGGAAGAGUUUGUACCUCUUCAUACAGAGCCCUGAUAAGUGCCUUUUCCAGACUUACUCGUCUUGAUGACUUCACAUGUGAGAAAAUUGGCUCUGGUUUCUUCUCAGAGGUGUUCAAGGUAAGGCACAGAACUUCAGACCAGGUAAUGGCUUUGAAGAUGAACACAUUGAACAGCAACAGAGCAAACAUGCUGAAAGAGGUUCAGCUUAUGAAUAGACUCUCACAUCCGAACAUCUUAAGGUUUAUGGGUGUCUGUGUGCAUAAAGGACAGCUGCACGCUCUUACUGAGUACAUCAAUUGUGGUAACCUGGAACAGCUACUAGAUGGCAACCAGCAUCUGCCCUGGACAGUGAGGGUGAAACUGGCAUAUGACAUUGCUAUGGGAAUCAGUUAUCUUCACUAUAAAGGCAUUUUCCAUCGAGACCUUACAUCCAAGAACUGCUUAAUCAAACAUGAUGAGAAUGGAUAUUCAGCAAUAGUUGGAGACUUUGGUUUAGCAGAGAAAAUUCCUGAUCACAGUGAGAAGUUACCAGUUGUGGGUUCACCCUUCUGGAUGGCACCAGAAGUUCUCAGAGAUGAGCCUUACAAUGAAAAGGCAGAUGUGUUCUCCUAUGGCAUAAUUCUGUGUGAGAUUAUAGCGAGAAUACAGGCAGACCCAGACUAUCUCCCUCGAACAGAGAAUUUUGGAUUAGAUUAUGAUUCCUUCCAGCACAUGGUGGGAGACUGUCCUCCUGACUUUCUCCAGCUAGCCUUCAACUGCUGUAACAUGGAUCCAAAGUUGCGUCCUUCAUUUGCUGAUAUUGUCAAAACACUGGAGGAAAUGUUAAAUCGCCUCAGAAAUGAGGACUCAGAGAGAGACAGAAAGUUCUUGAACCUUGACAACAAUGAAAGAAAACCAAAAGGAUCAAUUGACAAAGGACCAGGAGUAAAACGUUUGAGUUCCUUGGAUGAUAAGAUCCCACCCAAGUCACCCCGUCCGCGUCGGAAUAUCUGGCUGUCACGCAGCCAGUCGGAUAUCUUCUCCCGUAAACCUUCCAGGAAGAUUAAUGUGCAGGAUCCCUACUACACACCAAGCAAAGGGUUGGGCCGGAAAGUGAAUCCCUUCAGUGCCCGGGAGGACCUCAAGGGGGGAAAGAUCAAAUUCUUUGACAUGCCAAGCAAGUCUGUGAUUUCCCUUGUGUUUGACUUGCAUUCUCCAGAGGCAGGUGGAGGCCUGAAAGCCAGCCAGUCCCAGUUCCGGCAGGCAUAUAGCACAGACUGGCAAGACCUUUCCCUUCUUCCUGGGAGAAGAUGCAGAUCACUUCCGCUUUCUCCUGAAUUACCACACAAGGAAUAUGGCCUGUUUGGGGGACUGUCUUCAACUGUUGGCAGGUGUGACCCAGCCCAGUUAGGUGCAGAGGUUCGGCAAAAACUCUUGAGUAGCACUAAAUAUGGUGUGUCAGAGAUUCCCCCCUUUCAUGCCAAGCCUCACAGACCAGAGUUUCUUCUUGCACCAGGACAAGAAGAGGAUAUGGACUGUUCAGAUGGGCUAGUGGCCCAGGAGGAAAAUGGGUUUUGCCCUGUUGAGAACACAUGUGGAGAUCCAGCACAUGAUCAACCAUUAGUGCUGGCCCAGUCUGGGCCACUAUCUUAUAAAAAGCUCCCCGUUGAGAAUUCAGUGAACUCUGAGGGACAUGGCUCCCCACAAGUGUUUGCAGGUUGUCUCCCUUCUGAAGAGAUGGAAGUAGAAGAUGAUCUAGUGAAAAUUACUCUGUUAGAGUCCACAAAGCCUCUGUUCAGUGUUAGUCCUCCCACUGAGCUGAAGAGAGAGGCAUGGCCCUUCAGGGAGCAGGAUGGGGACAGUCCUGCCCUGUUGUCUCAGACCUCCUCCAACAUCUCAGCAAGUGGCAGCACAAAGUCAACUUGUGACAUAUGAAGAGAGGGCUCAAACUAAAUGUGUCCUUGAGGGAACAGUUGUUCCCAGUUGCUUAAACUCUGUUUUUCUGCAGUACUGGGCUUCACAUUUGAAAGACUCAAUGGAUGGUGGAAGCUGGCUGUUGAACACAUAACUGCAGAGUGUCUGAAGAGACUGAUUAUUUUAUAAAACUUUAUUUCAAAUUGUGCUUAUUCCCUUUCCUGAUUUGCAUUAGGAGGGGGAGCUACUCCAGCCAGAAUGGCCAUGUGGGUCCCACAGUCCUUCCAAGAGGCAGCAGCCAGAGUAGGCACCAUGUAAACCGUUUGACCUGGAUUUCCAGCAUGGGGCAUUUCAAGGUCUUAAGCUCCAAGUAGAAUAGAAAGAAUGACCCUUAGAUUUUUCCCUCUUCCUCUAACUGAAGAGCUGCUCUAAGCCACUGCAGAUUUUUCAUUAACAUUCUGCAUCAGUGCACGUGAGGCAGAGCCUCUGUUUCAGAAACAGGCACAGAAGUCUUUCCAAGCUAUGUUGAGCAGAUAGGAAUGCUCUCUAGUUCCAGAGCUGCUUUGAAUGCUGUUGUAGCAUUAAACAAGCUCUUCUUUCUAAAGCAGCAAAAAACAAAACCCCUCAUGCUGGUCACAAUCUGCGGGCUGAGUCACAUGACAAGUACUUUGCAAUUAACAAGAAGAAUCUGUUCCCUGGUGUUUCAUUUUCCCUUGGGAUUUAGUAAUGAUGUUUAAUACAUUUGUGCAGGGAAGCUCGCUUCCUUGUACAGCUCUUUAUGGUACCUCAGCCCAAAUGUGGAGGAAGAUUUGCCCAGGGCACAGAGAAGCAUAUUCCAGGCAUUGCCAUUUCUGAGCUUCUGAAGAAACUGCUCCUGAAAGUACCAGCUGUACUGAGCUUUUGGCAGAGGGUGAGCUCUUAUCUCUGAAGAGCUGAGUGGACAUCAUGAUUUGUUUCUGCAGAAUAGUUCAAUACAGUAGCUACAUCCCAGUUGACUAUUAUCACUAAGCUAGAAGGGUCACAUCACCUCCCUCUCUGGUACAACAUCCCGUCUCACUGAUUUCACUGCAGUAAUGAUGGCUCCUCACUAGCCUGCUUGACAGAGGACAGUGAUAGCCUACUCAGGGGAAGUUGUCAGCAGUGUUGUAGCCCCACAAGUGCUCUUGGAGAGGACAACUCACAGGAGGGCUUUGAAUUGUCAAACAAGAAAAUUAGCUAGUCCCAAAUUGACUUUUUGUUUCUUCUACAGAAAGAAGCUGCUGUCUUUAUUGGUUUCUCCUGUCACUGAAUAGGAUGCUUUUUUUAUUUAUUUUUUUAACUUCCCUCCACGAGCAGGUACCUGUGAAAGAAGCAGCAACAUGAGCUUUAAUGCUGCUUGCUGGAACCAGCAUCAGCGAUCCUGGCUCUGGGAUGCAAUAUAUGGGAAAGCUUGUUCUGUGACAUUUGUGCAACAUCCUGCCCUUUUCCAGUAUCAUCAUCCCAAAAACCAUGGGAUUUUUAAAAUUUUAUUUUAUGGGGUUUUUUUUAACCUAUAUUAUCAUUCCUAAGUGACAUAAAUAUUGCACACCUGCUGAGCAGAUGGUGAUGCAGUGGAUUCCAGAAUAUCAUCCAGGUAGCUUGUUAACACUCUUCCUGCUCUCUUGUAAGGCUGGAUACUGUAAGCUAGUCUCUGAUGAAAGCCAGACUAUUUGUACUCUUAUCUCAAAGAAAGGAUGGAGAAAGCCUUCGUUGUUUCUUGGCUGGGUUGUAUAUCUUUCCUGAGGUGUAGGUAGCUAUUCUAUGAGUUACUUCCUCUAGUGAAGUGUGUGUUAACCUGAGCAGCAGUUCUCCCUUUGCAGAGGCUGCCAGGAAUGAAAUGAGAAACCCAGUGUUGCCGAAUUAUUUAAUACAGUCCAUGCCAGAUUAGGCAGCUGUUGGCAGUUUAAAGGAGAACUUGUCUGUGCUCACUAAGAUCACCCUUUUCAGCCCACACCUCUCUCCCUGCCUGUUGAAGGUGCUGAUCUGUAGAGUAGUCUCUAUCUUCUGUAUCGUGUCUGCAGAGUGCAGAGCAGCUUGUAUGGCUGCCCCUGUGUGUGUGUAACUUCCUUUGAGGACAGAGAAACACCAGAACUCAGUUGCCUGCCUGGUGCCUGCUUGCUAUUUUGUUUGGGGUUAUUUUUGGAUUUUUUUUUAGUUGUUGUUUUUAUUUGGUUUUUUGGGGUUUUUUUUUGCCUGUGCUACAGUUGUAUCUUCUGGGGAGAGAAACCAUCAGCACCAGCUUCUGUUGUCACAAGAUACAUUUAGGUGUGACUUCAGACAAAUAAGCAAUAAUGAGUAGUUUACUUUUGCAUCACCAGGCUGAGGGAAGCUGUCCAGCACACGCACACCUCUGGCUGCCCUGGGGCUCCCGUGAGCGAGCCCUGGCUGUCAGUACUGACACCUCAUCACGGAGCCUGUUGCCCUCCCCGACACUGACUGCCAAGCUUGAGCAGUCAGGCCUGGGGUACCCCUGGGGCACUCACUGCAGUGACCUCACUUCUCUCUUACACCGUUACAAGGUUUCCCUGCCCUGAACAGCUCAGCUUACAAAGCAGCACAGCUAAAAUUUUAUUUUCUUAAAUGUCCGCUCUAAGCACAACCAAUUGACCAUGCAUUGGGCACAGCUAUCAGCUUUCCUGGCUCUUUGUACUGAGGUGGAGGUGUCAGAAACAGAAAUGCCAAGGACUAGCAGCUCAGGCCUUUCCUGGAUUGGUCUGCAUGGGAAGAGGCACGCAUAUGAAACUAGCGUAAAAGGUCAUUUUAAAAACUGCUAAGUGGUUGCUGAAACCCAGUGUUUCCAAGGAUGCAGUUGGAAGUCACUACAUCUCAUCCCUUUGGCUGCAUAAAGCUGGAUCUAGGCUGCACCUAGUAACUUCUAGGUUUUGUGCCUACUGAGGUUGCUUUUCUACAGAGGGCUGUUUUCUAACAGCUACAGAUAAACAUGAAUUUGAACAUGUGGUCAACAAACUCCUUGUUUUAUAGUGAUGUGACAAAGUUUUAUCGCAAUUGGAUUUUACCUUGAUUUUGACUUUAUAGGAGCAGUUCUUGCUCUUUUAAAGUACCUUCUACACAUUGCUACACAUCUCCCUGAAGAGAUCAAAGAUAUUUUUAAUUCACUUUAAAUCUAUGUUGAGUUCAUUUAAUGUCUGUUAUAAGCUAUUUUUGUUGUGGUUGCAGGUUGAUAAAAUGCAGCCAAGAGAAUGCAUGUGAAUUGCUGCCCCUCUAAAGCAGCACAGCCAAGGGGCUGUAGCAGACUUGUACUUGUUGGAGAGGCAUUGAUGUAUUAUGUGUAACAGAACAUUGGUAUUUUUUGCCAGUACAACUAAAGACACUUGAAUAAUUCCUGUUUGCACUUAAUGCUAUUGUUUAUAUUGCAUGUCACUACAUUUCUAUGCAAAACAAAUAACCUUUUUUUUGGGAGGAGGGGCAGCCAGAUAUUUGAUUAAGUAUAAAGAUCUUUGCGAGAUGAUCUAUUUUCGUAUUUAUGAAGGAGUUUUACGUCUUAAUAUUUUGCAGUCUGUAAAUAGCUGAACUUGUAAUUAAAGGCUUAGGAAGAAGUUUGUAGCCUGUGUAUAAUAGUAAGUUAACACUGCCAGAAAAAAAAUCUUUGCAAAACAACUUUUCUAAUAUUGCGGAUAUUUAUGAAUAUGUAAAGAAAGCACGUCUUGUUUUUAUGUUGAUUGACCUUCUGACUUUUUUGAACUAUAGAAAUGGUGUAUGUUUUAUUGGAACUGCAAUAAGAAGUAACCAAAGAUGAAUCCACUUAAAUAUUUUCAUAAUUUUUUUCUUGGUCAAGUUUUGUAAACUUUCCCAACUUGCUUUCAAAAUAAAAAUGAAAUCAAGGCCUGAGUCUUGUGAUUAAGAGGAUAAUUGCUUUAAGUCAAAAAGGGUGGUUCAAAUGCUUACUUAAAAUACAAAUGCCAUUAAUACCUGGCUUGAGAUUGUAUUUGGUAUUACUCAGUGCUGAGUUAUACGCAAGGAAAACUCUCAUCCUCAGUAAGUGUUAUUUCUCUCCUGCAUCUCACUGAAGAGUUCCACUAUCAAGUCCAUGAAAUUCAAGGAUUUUUUUUUCUGCUUUGUGUUACAAUGCUCUGAAGAGUAGGCCAUAUCUUGUGACCUAACAGAUAAGAUGGCUUUUGAUAGCAGCCAUGACACUUGUCAUGGUGGCUGCUCUGUUCUAGCUCUAAAUAGCUUCAGCAGCACAGGAAGUUGUGCAGUUUCUCAGGAUCACAUAUCUGGCUUUCAGCCCCACUGCCUCUCCCCUUAGACCAAGUAUGAAGACCUGCUAUGGCUUGGUUCUGCAUGCAGUUAGCUGGCACUAGAAUCAGCUGGCCCAUUUGGGAGGA